GCAGAGGCAGCACCAUGGUCGCGGCGCUGUUUGGCUGCUGGUUCCGCGUGGGCGGGGCUCGCUCGGCGAUGGCAGGCCGGGUCAUCCCGGUCGGUCCGACUGUGGUACAAACCUCCAUGAGCCGGUCCCACGUGGCCCUGCUGGGCCUGGGCCUGCUGCUCAUGCUGCUGCUGUAUGUGGGGCUGCCGGGUCCCCCUGAGCAGACCUCCUGGCUCGGGGGAGACCCCAAUGUCACAAUCCUGGCUGGUCUCACCCCUGGCAACUCCCCCAUCUUUUACCGUGAGGUGCUUCCGCUCCAUCGGGCACACAGGGUGGAGGUGGUGCUGCUCCAUGGAAAGGCCUUUAACUCCCACACGUGGGAGCAGCUGGGCACCCUGCAGCUGCUGUCACAGAGGGGUUACCGGGCUGUGGCCCUUGACCUCCCAGGAAGUCCUGGGCCCCUUCCCAGCCUCCCUCAGCUGGUGCCUGCUGCUAUCCCCAGGUUUUGGGAACUCAGCACCUUCGGCAGAGGCCAGCACAGAGGCGGGGCGGGCGGAGCUGCUGCAGCGGGUGCUGCAGGACCUGGAGGUACACAAUGCCGUGUUGGUGAGCCCCUCACUGAGUGGCCACUAUGCCCUGCCUUUCCUGAUGCGAGCUCACCACCAGCUGCGUGGAUUUGUGCCCAUUGCGCCUGCCUCUACCCAGAACUAUACCCAGGAACAGUUCUGGGCAGUGAAGACCCCAACCCUCAUCCUGUAUGGGGAACUGGACCGCAUCCUGGCACGGGAGUCACUGCAACAGCUCCGCCACCUGCCCAAUCACUCUGUGGUGAAGCUGCGUGACGCAGGCCAUGCCUGCUACCUCCACAAGCCACAAGACUUCCACCUCGUCCUCCUUGCCUUCCUUGACCACCUGCCUUGAACUCACCAACUGCCUGGGCCCCAGGCAGGGCCUGAGCUUGGAGGAUCUGGGCCAGCCCCCAACCAAAGAUGCAGGCAACUCCUGAGAUUGGAGGCCAGAGGCCAGAGUGCCAGCCCCAGUCAGGACCUCUCAUUUCAUCUCACUGGCACAAUAAAAAAAGCAUAUUUGUCUUGC